AUGAGAGGAGCCCAUCGGCAACACCGGAAUCAUGCGAAGUCGUUGUUUAUUUCCCUCCUAGUGUUUUGUACUCUAGCCUUGGAACAGGAGCCAGAGCUCCCGAUAGGCAUCGACUUCGGCAGCUAUGCUCUUAAGAUAGCUACUGUUGGACAGCAUAGUACUACCGAUUUGGUCGUCAACUCCCUCUCAGAGCGGUCGACGCCCACUGCGGUCAGCUUUGCCCACGAUGUCAGAGCGUUCGGGACCCAGGCCCUGUCGGACGCCUCCAGGAAGCCUUCGGAGGUCUUCUCGGGGCCGGAGAUAUCGCAGUUUAGGAGCGGCCCUUUCUUUGUGAAUGGAACGACCCUCCGAGCAGAAGAACUCGUAGCGCAAUCGCUAAGGAACGCAAAGCCGUGGCUAGCACGUAGUCCUCGGCCCGUGGUCUUUACAGUACCGGCGUCAGCCAGCCAGCGACAAAGGCGGGCUCUGUUACACGCGGCGGAGUUGGCUGGGCUGUGGGUAGAUGGUCUCGUUACGGAGGCUCUGGCUGCCGGGGUGGUACGCUCUCAAGACUUUCUGGCCACCAACGAGAGGACUAGGACGGAAGUGAUUGUUGAUGUUGGGGCUGGGCAUAUAGAGAUAUGCAAGGUGAAGUUCACUAGGGAGGAGGUGAAAGGUCUGCUCAGGAGCAGUCGGAGGAUUAUAGCUGACGUCAGCCUGUUGGGGCCAUGUGUAUUCGAUGACGAAGUCGGCACCUUGUUCAUGGACCGCCGAUUGGCCGAUGCUGCCCUUAGACGUUUUGAGAGCAUUCAUGGCGCGAUACCAACAGGGCCUUCUAGGGAUAAGGCUAGGAGACGACUUGAGCUGCAGGCGGCGACUGUGAGGGGAGUACUCAGUGCGAACCAUGAGGCGACAUUGACGGUGGAGUCGCUGUAUAAUGGCGACGACUUGUCAAUGAAGUUGACGCGGAGAGAAUUCGAGAAUAUCAACAAGGACAUGAUGGGAAGGAUCGACGAGCUGAUAGGGAAGUUAUCAUGGGAGGGCGUUGUGGGAAUUGAGCUCAUUGGAGGAGGCUCCAGGAUACCAGCAGUACAGCAGCAUAUUGAGGCACAGGUAAUGAUGCUAGCUGGUCGUAGAAUCCCUCUGGGACGGCAUUUGAAUGGUGAUGAGGCAGCCAGCAAGGGUGCAGCCAUCUGUGCCUCUAAUCAUUCGCUCAUCGUGCGCGACGCUAGUCUCAAAGGGAAUCGGCGUAUAUGGCUCGAGGAUGGCCACCAUCGAAGCUAUUCUAUUGGAUGGGAUGGCUCGGAUGAGCGCACGGUGAUAGCGCCAGCUGGAGGAGAGCUGCAGUUCCAUCGUGAAGUGGAGAUGCCUCUAUCACGUGGUGGGAGUGGUAUUCUCACGGUCUUCGAGAGCGAUCCUCGGGCCACGACUGAUCGGCCCAUCCUACGGUACCAAGUUGCAGGGCUGGCCAGUGCUCACUUAUUGAAAUUAGUGCUGCGAGGGGACCAGAAUGGGAUCAUAUCUCUGUCGCAUACUAGGGAAGGCGACUCCAUUGAGGUGAAGCUCUUGGACUUCGGCGAGAUGUCGCCACCACCUAUGCAAGCUGGAGAGCUUGAGGAAAGGAAGCUGAGGCUCGAUGAAUGGGAUCGCAGAGAUCAGGACGCUAAUACGGUCUUGGAGGCGUUGGAUCGACUCGAAUCCAAGAUGUAUGCUACUCGGGAUGCCCUGGAUUCGGAUAACUAUACUGUAGUGGCCACCGAUGAGGAGUUGAAUCAUAUACGUUCUGUGCUGGCUGAUACGGCCAGUGUUGUCGAGACAGGCCGGAGCGCUACGGCAGAGGAACUCAUCGCACAGACGGAGUGA